AAAAUGUCUGGCCGCGGCAAAGGAGGAAAAGUCAAGGGAAAGGCAAAGUCCCGAUCAUCUCGUGCCGGACUUCAGUUCCCAGUUGGUCGUAUCCAUCGUCUGCUCCGCAAGGGCAACUACGCAGAACGUGUCGGAGCUGGAGCUCCCGUCUAUCUGGCCGCUGUCAUGGAAUAUCUGGCAGCUGAAGUGCUGGAAUUGGCAGGAAACGCCGCUCGUGACAACAAGAAGACCCGUAUCAUCCCGCGUCAUCUUCAGCUGGCCAUCCGCAAUGACGAGGAGUUGAACAAACUGCUCUCGGGCGUCACCAUCGCUCAGGGAGGUGUUUUGCCCAACAUCCAAGCCGUUCUGCUGCCCAAGAAGACCGAAAAGAAGGCUUAAACCAGUAUCGUAUCUUUUUACAAACAAACCGUCCUUUUCAGGACGACAAAUCUGUAUUCUAAGAGUUUUAUGUUACUUUUUACGUUGCAUACCCUGUUGUACACUGAAAACAAACUGCGGA